AUGACCAUCCUCCCCGGCGCAUUCCCCGAAACGGUGACGGAACCCGUGCGGGAGCUCCUCGAGGAGUUCUACCGCCUUUCCAACGCCGCUUCGUCUCAUACCCCACAUGAUAAGGACGAACAAAGAUUCGUCUCCCUCUUCACCCCCGACGGCGUCUACGAGUUCGCCGGCAAGAAGCAGGUCGGACACGAUGCCAUUCUUGCGUUCCGUGAGCAGCUCUUCGCCAACGUCGAACACCGCGACCACCCGCUGGUGAAGGUCUAUACUUUCGGCGCCAACGACCUCGAGCUCCUGGCGCUCGGCCAGGUCGUUUACCAGGAGCCGGGGGAAGAACCGCACCUAGAGGAGUGGGCGGGUCGGUAUAGUAUUGUGCCUGGUCCUGCGGGGAAGCUGCUGUUUACGCAUGUGCAGAUUAUUUUGAACCCGCACCACCCCAACGAGAAAUAG